AUCUCAGCAGACAUUCGAUUCUGAAGAGCAGAGAAGAGACACUUGUCUGGAAAAUAUUCUACAGACUGUGUUCUUGUGUCAUCUGAAGAGCAUUCACCACUAGGAUCGAUUUGGGUCUUCCUCAAAGCAAACUUUCUUCACACUAAAGAACGGCAAAAAGAUGACGGCUACAUCGUUGACUCUUUUGCUUCUAGUCCUGGGUCAUGCCAUGGCUCAGAAUGUUCUCAAGAAGAACUUGGCAACCCCGAAACCGGUAAAAGGAGCACAAUGCUGCGAUGAGGUGCGCUCCCUAAAAGUCCAAGUAGCCAAUCUGAGCAGCAUGCUGGAAGACUUGAACAAGAAGCAGGAGUCUGAGCUUAUGAAGGUGGUGCGGCAGAUGAUGGAGCUGGAGAAGCUUAACCAGCAGCAAGAGGCCCGUGUUACCGAGGCCGAGAGCAAGUAUUCUGAAAUCUACAAUCAGAUUGAAAUCAUGCAGCUGCAGGCCGCCCAGUCUGCACCACAGCAGAGCACUUCAGAUGCCAUCUAUGAUUGUGCAUCCCUUUACAACAAAAACUACAAAAUUUCCGGAGAGUACAAACUGCCGAAAGAUGACUUCCUUGGAACACCUGAACUCAACGUGUUCUGUGACAUGGAGAACAACGGUGGUGGCUGGACUCUCAUUCAGAGACGUAAGAUCGGGCUGACAAGCUUCAACCGGGACUGGAAGCAGUACAAAAACGGUUUUGGCACAAUCCGUGGUGAUUUCUGGCUCGGCAACGAACACAUCUUCCGUAUGACCAGACAGCCCACAGUGCUGAGAAUAGAGAUGGAGGACUGGGAGGGUGAUGUACGCUAUGCCGAAUAUGGCUUCUUCACAUUGAGCAACGAAAUGAACAGCUACAAGCUGCUCAUCGCCAACUACAGUGGAAACGCCGGAGACUCUCUGCGCUACCACAAUAAUACUAACUUCAGCACGAAGAACAAAGAUAACGACAAGUGUCUGGACAACUGUGCACAACUUCGCCAAGGUGGAUACUGGUACAACUGCUGCACUGACUCCAAUCUGAAUGGUGUGUUUUACCGCUAUGGAUCACAUACCAAAAAUCCCGAUGGCAUCUCUUGGUAUGGAUGGCACGGACCCAAUUAUUCAUUGAAAAGGGUGGAGAUGAAGAUCCGGCCCCAGACCUUUGUACCAUAAAGACUUGCUAAAAACUAAUCUUGUGCACCACUAAACCUGGGUAUCAAUGGAUCAACAGUAUAAAUCUUGAAACAGUCAACUAUUUCAGGGGGAAUGCGUCUGUAUAACAGAGUGUUGUAAGACUGGAUUAUGUGAUAAACGAUGUUUGAUUGUAAAUUGCAUUUUAUACAAGGUAUUUAUCUCGUAAAUAUGUUUAUAUUUUCUUUAGCCUUUUCCAGAGGAUUUGUUAUGCACAUGAUCAUAGAGCACAAAGGGGAAAAAACAGCAAAAGAUUAAAUUGUGAUGUUCAGUUUUGCUAGAGUGCGACUUAUUACAGGUCAGAGAAAUUCACUGGUAGAGUAAACUUAACUCUGUAAAAAGUAAAAUAUUGAAUGGUUAAUAAAAUGUAUUUUUAA